AUGGAGAAAAGUGAAAUUGCUAACCCAAUUAGCAUGAUUCUUGAUGGGUCUAAUUAUAUUACAUGGGCAAAUCAAAUGAAAAGCUUUUUAAUUGGCCAGAAAUUAUGGCGUAUUGUCACCGGCGAUAUUACCAAAACAACCGAACAAGACAAGGAAGAUAAUAGAAAAUUUAUUGAAUGCCUCGAAGAAUGGGAUAGCAAAAAUCAUCAGAUUAUCAUCUGGCUUAGUAACACAUCAAUCCCGGUUAUCCAUACACAAUUUGAUGCUUAUGAAAAUGCUAAGGAGUUAUGGAAUUUUUUGUCUACACGAUUUAAGCCUGUCGAAUUAGCUCAUUACUAUCAGUUUCACAAUAGCCUUGUCAAUCUUAAUCAAGAAGUUUGUCAAUCAGUUAAUGAGUAUCUAGUCGUGCUUCAACCUAUUUGGACUCAACUUGAUCAAGCUAAAAUCAGUAAAGAUCAUCUUCGUCUUAUUAAAGUCCUUAUGGGACUCCGUCCAGAAUAUGAGUCUAUUAGAGCCGCCUUAUUACACUGCAGUCCCUUGCCCUUAUUGGAUGUUGCUAUCCAAGAAAUAUUAUUUGAAGAAAAACGUCUUCGCAUCAAUCUCUCUAAACAUUCUGAUGUUGUUCUUUCUGGCACUUAUUCACCAUCUGGGGCAUCAAGCACAUUUUAUAAGAAUUGUAAGCUCACUGGUCAUAAAUUUAUUGAUUGUCCUAAAAUAGAAUGCAGGUACUGCCAUAAGCGAGGUCAUAUUCUGGAUAAUUGUCCCAUAAAAUCACAUCGACCACGAAGCUAUUCUAUAAGACCAAAGAACUUUACUAAACCCAGUACCUCCUCUGUUGUUGCUGCUACCUCAGAUAAUUCCCCCACCCCCCAUUUUCAGAUAAGUGAUCUUCAAAGUUUGCUAAAUCAGUUAAUUUCAUCAUCUUCCUCUACACUUGCCGUCUCACCAGGUAAUCGAUGGCUUCUUGACUCUGCUUGUUGCAAUCAUAUGACAUCUAAUUAUUCUCUUAUGAACACUCCUAGUUCUGUUAAAUCUUUACCUCCUAUUUAUGCUUCUGACGGCAAUUGUAUGAACAUCACUCAAGUUGUGAGUUCUUUUGUCACAUAUGUUUGUUUAAUCUUAGUUUGUAGUUUCUGA